AUGGGCUUGCGUCUGGCGAUGCGCAAACUAAGGAAGCAACAGCUGUGUCUGAGUGAUUACCUCACCGCUGUGGCUAUCCUAUGCGUGAUGGUUCGAUGGGCAUUUGCUAUCGUUGUGGGCAUAUGGGGUAAUAACAACAACCUGAAGCCCGAUCACCAUUUCACCGCGACAGAACUCUAUCAACGCGAAGUGGGGAGCAAGUUAACCAUUGCAGAUAGAAUGGUUUAUAACACGUAG